UCCCGUAUAACCAGAUGCCAAUUCGCAAAACUGUUCUUCUUUUAACUGUAGAUCUAAAAAAAAACUACUAGUAUAGCAUAAAUUGUGCUUAGGCCAACACAAGCGACGAAGCUAAGGAUAUGAUUGAAUAUUGAUAUUCAGCAUCAAAGAAACAUUAACAUACCGUAUGGCCAAUAAUGACAGUUCCAGUUCAUUUAAUGUGACUACCGUCUAUGGAAAUAAGCUACCCUGGAUGUUCGUUUUUUCAAUUACAUUUUUGGUUUCAAUAAUUGUAAACCCACUCAUCGUAUGGAUAAUCUACAAGGACAAUCGAUUGAUAACUAUCACCAAUUACUUGAUAGCCAACAUGGCGGCCAGUGAUCUCCUUGGUGCUCUGUUUGUCUUUCCAACUCAAAUAGUUAGGAUAAACUUUGAAGACAAAUGGAUGAUUGGCGGAGACAUUGCUGUGUCUUGAUUGCCAUUCAUCGAUACUUCGCCGUUGUUCAUCCAAUGAAGAGACCUUUCCACAGUAAGACAAAGUGCAUCAUUGCAGCGAUUUGGAUUUUCUCAAGUCUACAGUGUGGCUCUUCAUUUUAUUUUUUCAGCACAGUAGGGCAAGGUGACAAUUUGUAUUGUGAUGUACCUACAAAGAUCAUGUCGACUUUCAUUAUCUCUAGCUACAGCAACAUUGCAUUGACAAUUGGCCUGCCACCACUCCUGAUAACUGUUGCUUAUGCUUUAACCGUAUAUAAACUUUAUCAGCACAAGGUACCUGGAAUACAAGAUAACUUGACAAAAAGAAAAAGAAAACAACAAAACAAGAAAGUGUUAAAGAUGUGUUUGGCAGUUGUCGCUGCUCUUUAUUUUUCCUUUGGAUUUCGGUUCAUCUUUCUUGUUUUAGAUCGUCAAGGGAAAUUAAGUCACUUUUCAAAGACAGUACAUAUGGACUUGGAAAACAUGUCAAUUUUUAUUUUAAGCUUGAUCCUUAUUUAUAACUUCUUCAUAUACCUCAUCUUCAAUGGCAUUUAUCGUGAUAACAUCAAAACUAUGAUAACCAGAUGCUGUAGUUUUACUUAUUCACAGUUCGGAAGUGGAAUCAGAAGCAUUCCAAAAGCUUAUUCAGGAGAACAAAUGAGAGAAAUACCUCACAAUGGUCUCCAAAACCACAUAUAAUCGAAAACCCAAUUAGGUUCUGUAAAUGUAGCAUGGAGGGGGUAUCCAAUCUAAGAUAACAGCUCAGUUUAAAUCUAAAUUGGUCAUCAAGUCCCGUCUUUACUGACUCAUUUUCUGUCAGGAAUUGAAAGGCUAUGAGCAUUGAGCACGUUUCGUUUACUGUGGAAUUUGACACCGAUCAGCUACCUAAAAAACCCAGAGAUAGUCAGGUUUAUGAUUUUUUUAUUUGUAUUUUCCAGCUUAGAUACUGUUGUUCUAAUACAUUUGUUUUUCUAUAAAAUAUUUUUGACAAGAAACGUAACAGAACUUGUUCUUUAAUUCAGUAAAUUUAUGAAAAGUUAAAAUAUUAGAUCUACACUCGUAUCAAUAACAACGGUUUUUGUAACCGUUUUUCGCUGAUUUGUCUAAGAUAGAAGACCGAACCGCCUGAUUAAAGUAGUCUGGUAUMUAAGCCAGAGACAAAAAACUUAAUAUCCUUAGAUCUUAUUCUUAUUAAUUUUCUUUAGUUGUGACCUUUCCUAUAAAGCUCGUCCGAAAUAUUGCAGCCUUCCCCAAACGCACGUUGAAAAAAGUGCUGCGAUGCCCACAAUUUGCAUGGAAUAUUCAGAGGGAAUAUAAAAAAGUGACUUAUGACGUUAUACUAUAUUUCUUAUACCUCUUAAAAAUCAGUGUCAUACAAGACAUAGAAUCUACCUUUAAGAACUACAUUUUCAAGGCCAUUGUGUCGGGAAAAAAAGAAAACGACCUGACGAGAAGUUUUAAUCUUUAUGAUUUUUUUUUCUAGCGCUAUUCAGUGACUUUUAUUAUGGUCCUGUUCUUUAUUAUAAUUCACUUGCCCGCCUGCUGUAAUGAUCAGCUCGAUAUCAAGUGAGGUAUAUAAGAAUAGUUUAACAUAUCAGGCUCCGUGAGAUUUUGAGCCAAUGCUGAUCUUUGUGUGAAUCUGCUGAUUAGGCCAGUGAGAGUAGAAUAGAAAUCUCCAAAUGAUAAGAACGCGGCAAUAUUAUAUCAAACAAAUAGAUUCCAUUCUUCCGUGCCUCUCGACUUCCUUUCGUUGUUGUUUGUUCCCAUCGCACUUUGACGUCAUUUAUUUGCAUAUCUAUUAGACGCACAGAAUAAUGGAAUAUAUUGUUAACUAUAUCUUGCCAUUAAAAUUUUAACUUAAAA